AUGUUGUUACCAGUCUCUUUAGCUGUCGUUGCGGUCGCAGUAUAUUUUGGCUUGCAACAGGAGCUCUCUUGGUUGACCUUAAUACACGACCAACUCCAUACGAUUUUGAGCAAAUGGGAUUAUCCCCAGGUUCCAAUCCUAAGCACCGCAAACGAAAAUUGGAACAUCUUAUAUCACCUUGGAGGCAAUGGACCAUGGAUUUCCAAAGUAGACGGUGUCUAUGGAGAUGAUUUAAGUAUACCUGAGGGUUGUCACAUAGAACAAGUGCACAUGAUAGCGAGACAUAACGAACGAUAUCCGACGCAUGCAACAGCUGAACACAUGGUCUCUCUUCACAACCGCCUUCGAACGUUAGACUUUGCUCUCCAGGGUGAUCUGUCUUUCUUCCAGAGCUGGACUUUCUUCAUGGACGAGGAUUAUAGAUCCAAUAUCGGUGAAUUGGUUCCUGUAGGACCAUAUGCUGGUUCACUGGGCGCCUUCCAAGCAGGUGUCACUCUUCGAACACGUUACCCAGAUCUUCGUGCCACAGCGAUCGCUCGCAACCAAACAAACUUUUGGGCUGCAGACUCCCAUCGCGUAGUCGAGACUGCAAAACACUUCGCAGGCGGCUUCUGGGGCGUGGACUGGAAUACCGACACUGCAAAAUUGCAUAUCAUACCCGAGACUUCGGGACUAGGUGCCGACACAUUGACGACAGGCAAUACCUGCAAAGCCUACCUCAAACCACACAAUCCUGAAGGACGACAUAAAGGCUUGCACAAACUCAAAGAAUGGCAAAACAUUUAUAUACCACCCAUCAUUCAGCGAUUGGAGCAACAGAAUCCAGGCUUGAAUUUGAGCAUCCACGAAGUCUUUUCCAUGCAAGAACUUUGCGGAUUUGAAUUGCUUGCUCGGGGAAGUAGUCCCUGGUGUGAUGUCUUCACACACGAUGAGUGGCGAGAUUUUGAGUAUGCUAGGGACGUACUCCAUUACUAUCGCACCGGGCCUGGAAACAAGUAUAGUGCAGGCCGCGGCUUCCCGUUCUUGAACGCUACUACCAACCUACUUUCAAAUGGCACUUCAGCUGGAUCCCUCUUCUUCAGUUUCGUGCAUGAUGGAGAUAUCUUACCGUUGCUGUCUGCGUUGGAUCUUUUUCCGUCAGCUGAAGACCUGCCCACGGAUCGGGCACCAGAAGAUAGGCUGUGGAGAACCUCUUCCAUUGUUCCCAUGGGCGGAAGGGUCGAGUUUGAGCGUAUGGUAUGUCCUCAGGUUUACUGCCAUUCUAACGCUCCACUCUAUCCGAAUCAUGUAUAUUGCAAUCCGCCUCAUCCAGAGCCUUACGUUCGUGUCGUCGUCAAUGAUGGCGUCGUGCCUAUACCUGGCUGUGAUGAUGGACCUGGAAAAAGUUGUCCUUUGGCUGCUUUUGAGAGGAAGGUCAUGCUCAGAGGUUGGGAAGUCGGUGACUUUGGACGUUUGUGUGAGUUGGAGGAAGGAGCGGCUGACAAGAUUACUUUCUUGCAUCAAUGA